AUGAAAAUGAGUAGUGGAUCAAUGACAAAGUUCUUGGAAACCCAAGUUCAAAAAACCCAGUCAAACCUGACCAAACUCUCUAAAAAAGUCGAGGAGUUUGAGUUCCAUAAUUUACAGUUUAAUAAAGUUGAUGAUGUUCUUGACAAAAUGAUGUGCCGAAUCAAAAGAUUACAAUCAGAAAAAGACGACACUACAAAGAAGCUUGAAGACAGGAUACUUUUCCUUGAAGAGAAACUGGCUUGCUCUAAAAGUCUCAGCACAGAGGAGUCUCAGAUAAGCAAGGAUUUGAAGUAACCAUGUUGAGCACCAGCUACGUGAUUUUGAAUAUAAGCUACGCUCAGAGUUUGAGUCUCUGCUUUCCGAAGUGUCUCCCUUCUCAAAAUGAAACCAAGAACGCCCUUGGUCUUCAGAGAUCACAAGUCUUGAAAGGAAGAUUAUCAGCAUAUUAGAACAACAAGCUCAAGAUAUGAGAGUCAAAACUUCUUAUGUAGAGCCGAAGGAAAGUAAAAUUGAUGUUGAUAAAUUCUCCAAUGAAGUUAACAUAAAGUUCUUCAACCUGCAAAAAGAAUUAGACUCACUUGAAAUGAAAAUACAUGGAUUCAAAAGUGGAGAUGGGGAGAAAGACUCUCUUUGCCAUAAAUUAGAAGUUGAUACAGAAGAUCUUCGGAAUUUGGAAGAUAGAAUGGAUAAAAAGAUAGGAAAUUUAGUCAAUAAUCUGUCAAAUUUGACUCAAAAAGUAGCAACUAAGAAUAAAACAUUUGAAUCAAAGUUUGAAACUCUUGAGAAUACUAUUGCUAACAGCUUCUUAAUGCAUUCUAAAAGAGCACGGAACAGAACUGUGUCUACGAGGAGAACCCGAGCAAACCCAAAACCUGUAGCGGCUCCUAAGAGAAAUUUUAGGACAAGAAAAACAUCAUUUAAAAGGGGUAAUAAGAGCAGAGAAAGCAAGAAGUUUAUAAAGACAAGGAAUAAGAAAUCAAUCCGUAGAUCAAAAAGUAGGAAUAAGCAGGAUCCAAUAAAAACUACCUAUUCUCACGAUGAUUAUAUUUUAUCUGACUCUGCUUGCGAUGAUUCUAGAUCUUACAAACCUUCUAUACAUUUCGCUACAGAUGCAGUGACACCUCAGAAUGCUGAUAAAGAAGCAUCUCUAAAUGGGUUCCAGCUGGACACAGAUUCUAUCGACCAUUAUAAGAGUAUAUCAUUACUUGAAUUUGAUCAUAUCAAUGAUAACAAGUUGACUCCCAGUCAAACUGAGAUCAUGAACAUUAAGGAAGAUGAUAAAGUGAGAAGAGAAAUUUCUGACAUAUUCGCUGAGGAUAUAAGGAAGUCCAACACAAUGAGCCAAGAAAUAUCUGGUCUUGAAGGUAAAAAUAUUGACUCUAAUGAAGGGUACUCAGCUAUGAAUAUUGCAAAAUAUAAGACAGAUAGACCCUCAGAUAAGGAAAGAAACAAACCAGAAGCUUUUAAGGAACUCAAACUAAGUAUUGCCAAGCAAUUGCAAUCAAACUUUAGUCGUGAAAAGACUUUUGAGAUUAAGCCAAAUUGGGAUAAAGCAGAUAAAGAAAAUGUAAUAAAUCACAAAAAUAUCACUUUUGCUAGAACAGAUUCCAAUAUGAGCUCUGCAAAAUCAGAUAUAUCAGAGAAACAGCCCGAACAAAUAAGCAAACUUGAAAAACUCUACAAUGAGCUUUCAAUGCUUCAGAAAUCAAUGAACUAAUUUCAAUUUAACUUUAUUAUCUGGG